AUGACAAAACCAUCCGCCCCCUAUGAACAGUAUCCUCAAGAAGAUUUGCAAGAAAAAUCGAAACAUUUGCUUGGCUAUGGUGCGAAAUUUGCUCCUAUGAUUAUCACAAGGGCCGAAGGCUCUUAUGUGUAUGCAGGGGAAAGAAAGAUACUUGACUUCACCUCUGGUCAAAUGUCUACUUUGCUAGGACAUGGACACCCUGAAAUCUGUGAAACUAUUUCCGAGCAUGCGCAUCACUUAGAUCAUCUUUUCAGUGGGAUGCUAUCUCCACCUGUUUUCGAAUUAGCAGAGAAACUCACUGGCCUACUUCCAGCAGGGCUAGAUAGAGCUAUGUUUUUAAGUACCGGCUCCGAAGCAAAUGAGGCAGCCAUCAAGUUAGCCAAAGUGUACACUGGAAAAUUCGAAGUUGUCGGUUUGUCAUUAUCAUGGCAUGGUAUGACGGGUGUAUCGGGCAGUACAACAUAUCAGGAUGGCCGUAAAAAUCACGGGCCUACAAUGCCAGGUAAUUUGGUUUUGCCAGCCCCAAAUGCAUAUAGAUCCAUUUUUCGAAACAAAGAUGGGACUUAUGAUUGGGAAACAGAGAUGGACUAUGGAUUUAGUUUGAUUGAUGUCGCUUCUGUGGGUUCUCUAGCCGCUCUUAUUGUAGAACCAGUCAUGAGUUCAGGUGGUAUGCUUGUUCUUCCAGAUGGUUAUAUGAAAAGCUUACAUGCGCACUGUAAGAAAAGAGGAAUGCUUUUGAUUGUUGAUGAAGCUCAAACGGCAAUCGGCAGAUGUGGAGCCAUGUUUGGGUUUGAAGCCUACGACAUCGUUCCCGAUAUUUUGUCGCUGAGCAAAACCCUAGGAAAUGGUCUACCAUUAUCUUCUGUGGUUACAUCCGACAAGAUAGCGGACAAGGCACACGAUGAGCGCUUUUUAUUCUAUACUACCCAUGUAAACGAUCCUCUGCCAUGUGCUGUUGGUGCGAAAGUGUUGGAUAUUGUAAUUCGUGACGAUUUGGUUGAGAACUCUGCAAAAAUGGGCGAUCUAUUCAGAUCAGAAUUGAAGAAAUUACAAGGCAAGUAUGAACAAAUUGGCGACAUCAGAGGUCGAGGUUUGAUGACUGGUAUUGAAAUUAUUAAGCCCGAGACCAGAGAAGCCGACGGCGAAUUAGCUGGAAGGCUAGCCGAUAAAAUGUUGGAACUCGGACUAUCCGCAAACUUGAUAGCUGUCCCGGCGUUUGGUGGUGUUUUUAGAAUCGCACCUCCUAUCACUAUUUCUAAAGAAGAGAUUAUGCAAGGUGUGUCCAUUUUCAAUAAAAGUUUUAAAGAGAUAUUGGGUUAA